AUGGACCUCCUCCCCGUCUCGCGCGUGCUCGACCUCGGGUCCGUGGGCGACGACAUCUCCAUGGGGCUCUUCUCCGCGGCGCAGAGCGCGGACUCCGUCGUGGGCUCCCAGCUGGAGAACGUCACCCCGAUCACGUUCGCGGUGGUCCUCGUCGCCGGCCUCGUCACCUCCCUCUCCCCGUGCACCCUGAGCGUCCUCCCGCUCACCAUCGGAUACAUCGGCGGCUACGCGGGCCCCAAGGAGGCCGAGCAGGGACCGGAGGACGAGACCGAGGAGGCGCGAGCGCGGAGGCUGGAGGCUGUCGCGAAGGCCAAGGCUGACGCGUUGCUCGUCAACGGGUUCGCAUUCGCCGCGGGGCUCGCUUCGACGCUCGCCGCCCUCGGCGUGGGCGCAGCGACCGCGGGUAAGGCGUACGGGCAGGUGGGCGGCGACGGCCCGAUCUUACCAAUCGCCGUGUCCGUCCUCGCGGUCGCCAUGGGGCUCAACCUGCUGGAGGUGAUCGUCGUGCAGUUCCCCUCGUUCGGGACGGAUUUCGACGCGAGGAAGAUGUCGCUCCCGCCCCCGGCGCAGGCGUACCUGGCGGGUCUCGCGUUUGCGUUGGCGGCGUCGCCGUGCAGCACGCCGGUGCUGGCGACGCUGCUGGCGUACGUGUCCUCGACGGGGGAUCCCGUGACGGGCGGCGCGCUGCUGUUGACGUACACCAGCGGGUACGUGGCGCCUCUGUUGGCGGCGGCGACGGCGACGGGGAGCUUGGGCCGGAUCAUGAGCGCUCGACAGUACACGGCGUGGGUGACGCCGGCGAGCGGGCUGAUGCUGGUGGCGGGCGGGACGUACGGGUUCCUGUCCAGGGUCGCGCCCGUGGUCCAGGGGAUCCUGAGGUAA